AUGGCGCCUACAAACUCUGUGGAGUUGAUCUUUGGAACCGCAUGGAUCUCGAACCCUCCCGAUCCAUAUUGGGCACAGUCGGAUGCUCAUAUCCUUGAAGCUUACGCCGCACUGAAGAAACAUGGCAUCACGAAACUCGACACUUCUGUCAUAUAUCAAGAUUCGGAAGCAAAGCUCGGUGAGACUGAGGCCGCGAAAUCUCACAGCUUCCGAAUUGGCACGAAAUGGCCGGGAGGAUUCGCGAUGGACCGUCUACAGCCCACCCAGAAGGAAGUCCUCCAUGAGAUCAACGCCAGUCUCGAGCGAUUAGGUGUUGAGCAAGUGGACGUUUAUUAUUUUCACGCCCCCUUUGCUGGCUGGGAUUUACGGCCUAUUCUGGCUGCUGUCAACGACGCUUUCAAAGCAGGCGCUUUUCGAGACUUGGGCUCUCCAGCUUCACCCCGCAGAAAGUCCAGGAGGAAGGUUGAGGAUGACUUAUUCCCUCUGUUCCGCGAGCUAGGAGUUGCCUUUUACGCGUACUCCCCGACUGUCGGUGGGUUUCUGGCAAAGGCGAGACAAGAUGUGGAGUCAGGCCAGGGGAGAUUUGGGGCGGAAUUUCUAGAAAUUGCGGAGGACGAAGGCGUGUCGAGGAUCGAGCUCGCGUAUCGAUGGAUCCGCUUUCACAGCGCCUUAAGAUUCGAACAUGGGGAUGCUAUUGUCUCCGGUACGAGCAAUAUCUAUCAGUUGGAGAAGACUCUUAACUUAUUCAACAAAGGGCCUCUGAGUUCAUGGGCUUCUCAACUUAUUGAAGAGACGUGGGAAAGUAUCAAGGAUGAUGCUGGGGCGGACAAUUUCGCGGCGUUGUCGGGGAAUUUAAAGGUCUUGGGUCAACAUAUUACCCUUAUUCUCCCUGCGAAGCUGUAUCGAGGCCUAGAAUCCCGUGGAGAGCCCUAA